GAUUUUUUUCCCUUGCACAUCAGUUAAUCGACUUGAAUCUACAAACAAAUCAAACAGAAAAAACAAGAUCAACUUGCUGGUUUGCUAGUUUACUAAAGAAAGUGAAGUUAUACCUUGAGUCAAAAUGGCUGAGCAAAACCAAUGGACCGAGCCCAGUAAGAAGAUUUUUGACGGGUCAGAUAUUGCUCGAUUCCAAAGAUCUCUUGCUAAAAAGAAGAUCCACCAUACUUUGGCAGCAGUGAUUGAGAAAGUCAAAGGAUGUGAAGUUCCAAAAGACGUAUUGUCUCUGAAUAUCGUGACAAAGGAGAAGGCUAAUAUUCCACCACCCAUGAGAAAGAUGGAACCGCUGCUCAAUUUACCACCUCCUUCUCAAAAUCAGGAAGAAAAGGCUGAAAUCGAAAAGUUGAAUGAUCAGCCAGUCUUGGAUAACUACCAAGGGAUUUUGAAAAUUCUACAAACUCUAAACACUUACAUCGAUCAGAAUCCACCUUUAAAAGGUCCAAGGAGAUUCGGAAACUUGGCUUGCAGAGAUUGGCAUGAUAACUUAAUUGAAAACAUCGACAACUUGCUUAUAUCUAAUUUGAAGAUCGAUUCUAAACUAAGAAUUGACGGAUUCUUGAGCGAAAUAAAACACUACAUUUUAAACUCAUUCGGCUCUCAGUUAAGGCUCGACUAUGGAACUGGUCAUGAACUAUCAUUUUUAGCCUUUUUAGGUGGUUUAUUUGAGUUGAAAAUUCUUGAUAUUAAGAAACUUAGCGGUGCCGAAUUGUUAACAAUUUUUGGAAAAUAUUAUGAUUUAUGUCGCAGAUUAAUUCUCCUUUAUAGUUUGGAGCCGGCUGGAUCUCAUGGAGUGUGGGGUUUAGAUGAUCAUUUCCAUUUGAUAUAUAUCUUGGGUGCUGCUCAAUUCAAUGGCUCACAAAAUAUGAUGAUUCCUUCGGUUCUGCUGGUGUUAUCAGACCAUACUAUUUCAUCUUACAAACUAUGUAACCUCUAUGUUAAUGCAAUUGCAUUCAUUCAUAAAAUCAAACUGGGUCCUUUUAAUGAACACUCUCCUAUAAUUUUUGAUAUACAUGCCACUGUUAGUUUAUGGCCUAAAGUGUUGCAAGGGCUCUCCAAAAUGUAUGAAGUUGAAGUUUUGGGUAAGUUCCCCGUGGUUCAGCAUUUUUGGUUCGGUGCCGUUUUAUAUCCUUGGAGAGAUUUUGAAACUGAUCAAGAAUUACCUGUAUUCCAAAAGGAAGAAAAGGAGAAAAAUGAGGAAGAGUUCGGUUUCUUGAACAAUAAUCAAGGUAUAAAAACGACUAGAUCGAACUUAUCGAUGACCGGGGCCCCAUGGGCCUCACUGAAUACCUCCAGACCUACUCCUAAGGCACACACUUCAAGGCCAGUACCUAAUACAAGAUUUAACGCUCCCAGAGGUACUUCUAGGCCAGGCGCCACUAAUCGACCUUGAGCUUACGAUAUCUAACGAAUUAAAAUUAACGACUAAUAGUUAAUGAAUGCAUUAAAGUUGAAUGUAUUUAUAUUUACAUAAAUAUACUGU